GCCACAAUUUAAGCAAAUUGUGUUAUUUAAAUAAAAAAAUAAUAAUAUGCCUAAAGUUGUUUCGCGUAGCAUUGUUUGCUCGGAUACAAAAGAUCAAGAGGAAUAUACUGAGGAGAAGCCGUUAAACAUAUACUAUUGCUUAUGUGGAAAAAUGUCUCUUAUUUUGGAUUGCACAUUAGAGCAGUUGCCGCUGCGUGAAGCAGAUAAUGCGCGAGUUAUUGAUGCCAACGAACAUGCCAAUAAAUUAACUUACAACCCGGCGCCUAGAAUGAUCUACAUACGCCGCAAGGGCAAGGGCAUUGAGAAGCAGUAUCGAUACAGCUGCCGUAACUGCAGCUUACCAUUGUACUAUCGACACAAUUCCGACUCCCAUGUCACCUUUGUCAUGAGCAAUGCGCUGGUGCGCAACAAAGGUGAGAAGCCACUGGCAAUGCUGUUGGCAGCGGAGGCGAAAACCAAAACAGCCAGCAGCACAACUAAUGCCGCGAGUGCGCCGCCAAGCACGACAGCGGCUCCCAGCAGUGAGGAUUCGGGAAUAGUGGACGCCAGCGGCAAAAAGAUUAUGGUCACGCGUCACACCAAGAAUAUGGGCAAAUUUAGCUCCGUUACGGUAUCCACCAUAGACGAAGAGGAGGAUGAAAUUGAGGCGCGAGAGAUAGCCGAUAGCUAUGCCAAUAACGCGCGCAUCAUUGAGAAGCAGCUGCAGCGCAAAGGUGGCAAAUUGGCUGACCUGGGCGCCAAGCCCAAGGCGGAAGAAAUGCCACCGCCGCAGAAAAAACAACGCGGAACACUGCUGGAAAGAUAACAGAUACACAAAAUCUAAAUAUUGGGAUAAACGCGAACUAAUGUUCUAAUAAAAAUACAUAAGCAAAUAA